AUGAAGCCCGGCGGGGGGCGGCUGCAGGCGGGAGGCCGCUCAGCCCCGCAGGGCCCCCAGGCCCGGCCUCGGCGUCUCCCCGACCGCACGGGCGGCGGCUGCGGGCCCGGGCCCCGGGCGGGCGGCGGGGGCGCUCAUGCUGGGGCCGGGCGGCCUCCCUCGGAGCCCCAACGAGCGAGGGCGGCACUGGGCGGCGGCGGCGGGCGCGGGGUGCCGGAGGCGGCGGCGGGGCAGCGGCCCCGGGAGGGGGAGCGGAACGCCCGGCAACCGGGGCUCAGCCAGGCCUCGGGCGCCGCCCGCCGCCGCCGCUCCUCCGCAUGGUCCGGCCCCCGACUAGGGGAGCUCCAGCCGCCGCUCGCGUCCCGUCCCCGCCGGCCCGGCCUCGCCCGCCCCCCCCUUCCCCGCGGUGUCCCGGCUCUCCGCGCCGCCGCGCCCCGCUGGGCCCAGGCCCGCAGGCGGCCGCUGUCACUGAGGGCCCCCGGAGCCGCUCGCGCCCCCGGGGCAGGACGCCGGCCGCGCUCUCGCCAUCCCCCCCCCAACCCCCGCUCCUCCGGCCCGGCCCCCCGGGCCUCUUCCCCGCCCGCUCUCGCGUCGCCCGAGGGCCGGGGACGAGGGGCCGGCUCCGGUCACCCCGCAGCAGCAGCAGCAGCAGCAGCAGCAGCCCCCGCGCCCCGCCCGCUGAGCCCGUGCUCGGUCGGCGACUGCGCCGACUGCCUGCUCCUCCGCGCCGCCCCGCACGCUUUAUAG